AUGGCGUCUCAGAACCUAGAUGUGCAGAAUCUUGCGAAAGCAUUCGAAGGGCGAACAGAUAUUCAGGAUGCUAUCCGAAACGCGUCAGCGGCUGGACCCCAUUAUAUCGAACUGUUCAAUCAGAUCUCUCUGCAUGUAUGCGGUCUGAUUUCGAGCCCAGAGCCCGCAUCCAAAAAGAGGCGCAUCGAUGAUCAAGGUCUCGUUGCCCGACCUGCUUCCAGUGGCACAAAUGGACAUGCUUCGAACGGUGUUGCUACUGCAGCCGCGAGUUCAAGCGACCCUGUCUUACUGGAGAUCAAAGACAUAUCAGUGGUGGUUCCUCAAAGGAAGAAAUACACGCUUUGCUUCACAUCUACACAUCUGUACGCACGACUUCCAGAUUCCAAAGAGCCGGCUUCAGGAAUCAGCUUUGCAUGGAGUGAUAUAGAAUAUGCGUUCUGUCUGCCUGUCCCCGAAAAGACCCAAAAACAACACAAUUAUAUCCUCUUCCCUUCAAACUCGACCAUUACACCAUCUCGUCUUGUACCAGGCGCUCCUCCAGUACCCGAGCCUUUGGUUUUCACAAUCCCUGAUGCAGCACCGAAGCCUGGGACAAUUGGUGGACUGGAUGCAGCAGCCGCAUCAGCUGUAUCGGACGACACGAAGAUGCUCUUCAACUGGGCCAUAAAUACAAGAUUGAAGGCUGCAGGGAAAAGCAGUAUUAAAAUUGUGCAGGCAGAUGAGAAGCUCUUUGCUUCGGAAUUGAAGCAACCACAUCGUCCAGGGGAAAAGGCUGUUCACGUUAAAGCAUUUAGAGGAUCAAAAGACGGCUAUCUGUUCUUCCUACCAAACGGCAUCUUGUGGGGGUUCAAGAAACCGCUCUUAUUCUUGCCGAAUGAGCGAAUAUCUGCAGUUUCGUAUACAAGUGUACUGCAGCGUACUUUCAAUCUUGCUGUGGAGAUCGACACAAGUGUCCCUGGAGAGGAAGAGAGCAAAGAGGAAUACGAAUUCGCAAUGCUGGACCAAGAGGACUUUGGAGGUAUCGACACCUAUGUCAAAAGAAAUGGCUUGCAGGACAAGAGUAUGGCCGAGCAGAGGAAGGCCAAGAGGCUGAAUAUAAAUGCUGUAAAGGACGAAGAUGGCAAUAUCAUUGGUAGCGCUGAGUCGACAGAAUUAGCGAAGGCGGCUACAGAAGCCGAGCAGGCCGCAAUGGAUGAGGAGGAUGAAGAUGAAGAAGAUUAUGACCCUGGAAGUGAAGGAGAGAGUGAGGGGUCAGGCUCAAGUAGCGAAGACGAGGACAGUGAUGGCGGGGGAGGCCAGGAUGGGGAAGAAGAGGACGACGACGAUGAAAAUGCCGAGGAUGAAUUGUAG